UGUAUAUCUUCUCAAAACGUUCAUCUUCCUUCGUUCUACCCUUCAACUGCUAUACUUGAAGAGCGCUUUUUUCCUUUUGAGCAUUCCUUCACCCUCCAUCAUCUCGCAAAAUGGCAGAACAAAUUCUCUUCGGCAUUGCCCAGCGAAUCAUUGAGACUUUAGGCUCAUUGGCUGCCAAAGAGAUCGGACUUCUCUGGGGCUUCGAAAAUGAGCUUCAAAGCCUGAGUAACACCGUUUCAACAAUCGAAGCUGUGCUUCUGGAUGCAGAGGAGCAACAGGCUGCUGGGAACCAUCAAGUCACACUUUGGCUCAGAAAGCUCGAAGAUGCCAUUUAUGAUGCGGAUGACUUGCUGGAUGUUGUUUCCACUGAAGCUCUACGAAGGCAAGUAAUGACCCAUCAUAAGAAGGCCAAACAGGUACGUAUUUUCUUUUCCAACUCAAACCAGCUUGUUUAUCGUCUUAAAAUGGCCCAUAAGAUUAAGGCCAUCAGAAAGAGGUUAGAUGCCAUCGACGCAGAUAGGCAAAGUUUCCACUUGGAAGUACGCCAUGUGGAGACACGUGUCAACAGGGGUAACACUCAUUCUUUUGUACGUGCGGAAGCAGUUAUUGGUCGGAACGAUGAUAAGAAAGCUGUUAUAGAUCGUUUGCUGCUGGACUCCAACGUUGAAGCCAAUGUUUCAAUUCUUCCAAUUGUUGCCAUUGGUGGAUUAGGAAAGACUACACUCGCUCAACUCAUUUUUAAUGAUGAGCAAAUUCAAAAGCAUUUUCAGCUCAAAAUGUGGGUGUGUGUCUCUGAUCCCUUUUAUGUUAAAAAUAUUGUUGAAAAAAUCAUUGAAGCUGCAACAAAGACGAAGCCUGGAACUGGUGAAAUGGAUACGUUGGUAGGUAAUCUUAAAGAAAAAAUCGAUGGAAAGAAAUACUUGCUCGUGUUAGAUGAUGUGUGGAAUGAUGAUCAUGGAAAAUGGUUUGAAUUGAAAGAAGUGUUGAUGGGUGGUGCUAGAGGCAGUAGAAUAUUACUGACUACACGCAGUGAAAUCGUUGCAAGGAUUAGCGGGACAGUUCAAUCAUAUUUCUUAAGGGGUUUAGAAGAACACGCCUCAUGGUCUCUAUUUAAGCAGAUGGCAUUUGAGAGAGGACAGGAGCCGGAGGAGAAUUCAAGAAUCGUAGCAAUUGGGAGGGAGAUCUUAGCAAAGUGUUCAGGUGUCCCGUUAGCCAUAAGGACAAUUGGAAGUUUACUACGCAUAAAAAAUUCAGAAGCAGAGUGGUUGGCAUUUAAGAAGAAUGAACUCACAAAAAUAUCUCAGAAUGAAAAUGACAUCUUACCAACUCUCAAGCUAAGUUAUGAUCAUCUUCCUUCACAUUUGAAGCACUGUUUUGCAUAUUGCAGUUUGUAUCCAAAAGAUUACCAGUUUAAUAAAUCAACUAUGAUUAAGCUUUGGAUAGCACAAGGGUUUGUCAAGUCAUCGGACCAGAACCCAUGCUUGGAAGAUGUUGGUCAUGAGUAUUUUAUGGAUUUACUUUGGAGAUCAUUCUUUCAAGAAGCUGAAAUGGAUGAGUUUGGUAGCUUAUUUAGAUGCAAAAUGCAUGACCUCAUGCAUGAUCUUGCCAUUUCAGUGGCAGGAUCGAUGAUUGCCACAUUAGAUGAUGAUAAGGAGAGAAACGUUGCUGAAAAAACUCGUCAUGUAUCAAUUGUUGGUUGCGGUAUCAAUACUUCAUCAAUUACAACCUCAUUGAGUAAAGCAAGUAGUAUGCGAACAUUUCUUUAUCGUUCAACUUCCGCCAAAUUUGGAGGUGAGUCAGAUAUUGAAGCAAUUUUUUCAACAUCCAAGUUACUGCGCGUGUUGGUUUUGGACGGGAUAAUUUUUAAUUUUCUGCCCAGCUCUAUUGGGAAGUUGAAGCAUUUAAGAUUUCUUGAUUUUUCCUUAAACCGCAAUCUCAAGAAGCUUCCCAAUUCUAUAACCAUGUUGCAGAAUUUGCAAACACUAAUACUCUCAUAUUGUUGGAAGCUUGAAGAAUUGCCGAGAGACAUUAAAAAAUUAGUCAAUCUCAGGCAUCUUGAGAUAGAAGAAUGUAAUAAGUUGGCUUAUAUGCCACGUGGGUUGGGGCAACUGACUAAUCUUCAGACUUUAUCAAAAUUUGUGGUCUACAAGGAUCCUCUCUUUAGGCAUAGCAGUGAGUUAAAAGAACUAAACGGACUAAAUAACCUGAGAGGAAGGUUGAUUAUUGAAAAUCUGAGACACGGGAAAGAUGCUACGUCAGAAUGUAAGGCUGCAAAUUUAAAGGAGAAACAACAUCUUCUUUCUUUGGAUUUACAGUGGAGUAUCAAAGAAGGUGUCAUUGCAUCGGACGAUAUUGUUGAUGAUGAAGUGUUAUUGGAAGUCCUCCAACCGCACCCAAAUCUGAAACGGCUUCGUUUACAAGGCAAUUACGGUGCAAGGCUUCCGAUUUGGCUUUCGUCACUCACAAAUCUUGUUAGAUUUGAGUUAGGGGGGUUUACGAAAUGCCAAUAUCUGCCUCCUUUGAAUCAACUGCCUUCUCUCAAAGUUCUUCGUCUUGAUCAAAUGGAUGCUCUGGAGUACAUAUCAUCAGGCAGUGGUGAUAGCAAUGAGUUUUCUUCUUUUUUCCCAUCUCUCAAGGAAAUUAUACUCUUUCUUUGCCCUAAUCUUAAGGGGUGGUGGAGGAGGAGGGAUUCUUCUGUGGAGGUCAAUAGUGAUAGUCAUAAUUUUGUUGAAAUAACGGAGCAUCCUUUACUCCCUUCCUUUCCUCGUCUUUCAAUAUUAGCGAUAUGGAAUUGCCCUAUGUUGACUUCCAUGCCAAUGUUUCCACAUCUUGAAGAAGUGUUGGUCCUUAACAAUACUAGCACAAAGCCACUGCAACAGACAAUGAUGAUGAAUAUGGCAACACCGCAAAGUCCAACGUCAACAGCAACAGCCUCCUCUUCAUCCACUCCUCUCUCAAAAUUGAAGUCUAUGCUACUGAAUAGCAUUGAGGAUCUAGAAACUCUGCCAGAGGAGUGGUUGCAGAACCUCACUUCUCUCGAAUAUUUAAACAUAAAGAACUGCAAUAGAUUAAAUUCUCUCUCCCCAGGUAUACAACAUCUCACUGCCCUGCAAGACCUGGUUCUUUCUAAUUGUCGUGAGCUUGAGCUAGCCAAUGAUGAGGAUGAGAUGCAAUGGAAAGGCCUUAAGAGCCUCCUAUCUUUGGGGUUUACAGAGCUUCCGAAAUUGGUGUCUCUCCCGUUGGGGCUUCAACAUGCAACCACUCUACAAAGCCUCAAAAUUUCAAAUUGUGAAAACUUGACGGCUAUACCAGAGUGGAUCCACAACUGCACAUCACUUCAAGUGCUUGAAAUUGAUGAAUGCUCCAGUUUGACAUCACUGCCCGAAGGAAUGCGUAGCCUAACGUCCUUGCAGACGCUGAAAAUUCAUAACUGUCCCCAUCUUACUGCAAAGAUGUGAGAGAGAAGCGGGUGAGGAUUGGGCCAAGAUUGCUCACAUUCCAGAGUUAAAAAUUAACUGAGUCAGAUUCAGAUUCAGAUUAGGAUUCAGAUUCAGAACCAGAACCAGCUAAAGAACAGAAGAAACAGAGGAUUUGGAGCAUAUUCAGAAAAUCUAGGGCGUUGAAUUCAUGAUUCCUCUAUUGUGUGAUCUCAAACAAAAGACAGUAAGUCAAGUCGCUCAUCAAGAUCCUUGCCCACCCCUACUCCAUGGUGUGCGAGUUGUACUGGGCAAGAGGAUUGGACGCUGAUUAGUGGGAUGAAGCCCAGAUUGGCCUCUACACGUGAAUUGGGCGUUGAAUUCAUGAUUCUUCACAUAACAGGAGAAACAAUUAGCCUCUAUUCUUGCUCUUCACACCAAUUCACUGCUGUCAUAUCAAAAAAAAAAAAAAAAAAAAAACCAGUAAAUCCAGUCACUCAUCAAGAUCUUUGCCCAGCCCUACACCAUGGUGUGCGAGUUGUACGGUGCAGGACGACUGGCGUUGUUUGGUGGGACGAAGCCUAGAUUGGUCUCUACACAGGAUUGGUCAGCGAUGACUUUUCUGCUAUGAAAAAUUAAUUAUCCUGAAACGUUUAGUUGAUGGCUCCAAAAGAGUUCGGGUUCCUCAUUUUAAUUCUCAGUACGCAGUCAUAUGUUGAUGGUAAGAAGCAAAGGAGGGGCGAGAGACGGCAGGGCAAUGUUGUUGUGAAGUGAUGAAGUGAUCACACAUGUUCUCUGGACUUGUAUACAUGGUUCAAUCUUGUCAGUUGUUAUGUUAGUUUCCCAUGUAUUCAAAUAGUUUGUAAUUUUGUUCAAAAUUAUGUUAUGUUAGUUUCUCAUGUAUUCAAAUAGUUUGUAAAUUUUGUUCAAAAUUAUGCAAUGGAUUGGUGCCUUGUAGAAUCGCAUUUCCCCUUAAACAAAGAAAAACCCAAUUGUGAAAUAAUGUUAUAUCUUUAGCAUUGCUGGGAAUAGAACCAGUACCAAUGUUUAGUCUCAUGACAUGAAUGCUUGAAUUUAUGAACCAAUAACUUGGAAUUUGUUGAAGUAAUACAUUAAAUCUGUAGAAUUUGUUUU